UGAUGAGGCUGGUUGGCUCAACACUUCCAAGUGUUGUGGCGAGUAGCUCUGACAUACAAAGAAUACAAAUAUAUUUUAUAAAAAAGAUAUGUCCUUUUAUUCUUUAUGACAAACAACAGAUGUAUGGAAUGGGUCACAAGGUGAAACUUGAUAUAUGAGAAAGGGAGUAUCCCCCAGCUAGAUAGCAUUUGCUAUGAAGACUGUUCUUAUAGUUUAGUCUGGCCCCUAAGACGAGGCUCCGAUCUCGUUCCUGGUACUUCAUAGCACAGAAACACCAAUUAAUUCUAUGGCAUAAAUCAAUUGUCAACUCCAGAUACUCCCAUCUCAAGUAAAACCCCUUCUUGACCACAUGACUGGACAAUCUCUGAGGGGAGUGAGCCUCUAGGUCAUACACUACCCCAGGAUAGGUGCAACAUCAGAGAUGGCAUACAAUGGUUCCAGACACGACCCCACACAUUUUUUUCUCAGAUCUUAUCUCCCCCAAGGCCAAAGGAGGGAGUGACUGACGCACAGACAUUGGUGAGACAAGUAAUUGUUUCCCCAUUAAUCACGCCACCCCUUAACUUCGUUUACAAUAGGUAAAGACCCAUUCACAUAUGAAGACAAUGUUCCCUCCUGUCCUCUUCUCUUUCUGAUAUUCUGCAUAGCACCAGAGACAUGUGAAAGACAAGCCUGACUUCUCCCCUCUCUGGGCCCAGUUGACUUGAGGCCCAGCUGAAGGAGGAAGUGCAACUGCCAACAUUGGAGUCUGAAGGGAUACAUUCUAAUAACAAGCAUAUCAUAUAAACAUAUUAUGCAGAUAAGACAUCUUAAUUAUCUAUGUUCCCUAACUAAUUCUGAUUCACAGUCCGCACUGUGAAUCCGAAUGAAUACAUAAAGAAAUAUGGAUAAAAAAACUAAAAAAACACUAGGCUUAUAGGUUAUUCCUAUGCUGCGUCGUAUGCCAUAGCCUAGUGGGUAAAUCUGAGCUGAAAAGAUGCAGGCUAUUCCGUUAAAACAACUGCAGUAUAUGCUCACGUUGUAAUCAAAAUUAAAAUCUUAUUUGAUUUAUGUAUUUUUAUUGGACAUAUCAAGAAAUACAAAUUGAACAGAUGCAUAAUUGUAUCCCUUAUACUUAUUGAAACACCCUCCCUCCCCUUAACAAAAGCAGCAUACAUGCUAAAAUAAAUUAAAACACAAUUGAAAAUAAUAAUAUUGUAAAUAUACAUACCCACAUACACAAAAAUAAAUAAAUAAAGAUCACAGCAUAGUAUGCCUUCCCUCCCGCACCCUCUCAUAUACCCUGUUGGCCAAAAUUGUUAAUCCGUAUCAAUAGAAAGCAACUUUUCAAAAAAGAAAAUUAAAGGCUGCCAUUUCAAUAAAAAGUUAUCAGUACAACCUCUGUUUUAUUACUUUUUUUCGAAGUAUAGAAAAUAUAUAAAAUCUUUCAACCAGGAUGAUGCAGUGGGAGGUUUGGAGGAUUUCCAAUUAAGCAAGAUCUGCCAGCGGGCUAUGAGGGAAGCAAACUCUACAACGUCUGCUUUACUUUUAGAGAGAUGAGGCUACAAGAUAGAACUCUAAAUAUAGCUAUAAAAAGACAAGGCUGUAGGUCAAUAUUUAGAAUUUUUGAGUGUUAUUAAAAGAGGAGGACAAAUACUCAAGACAGCUUAGAACAUGAAUAAAACAUAUGGGUGUGGUUUUCCAGAGUGAAUGGACAUCUAUCACGUCUCAUUUGUGUCUGGGAGGAAUUUACUACGUUUUUUCUUUGGUGUAGUGAAUUCUGUGCAAGAGUUUGAACUGAAUUUAAACUUAACCGAGCACAUGAGGAUGUGGAGUUAACCCUAAGAAAGGCCUCCUCCCACCAGUCUUGUGUAAGACUGGGGUAGUGAACUUGACCUGCCUUGAUUUUGUUUAUUGGAGAGGGUUCAGAGGAAAGCAUAAUGUCAUAUAAUCCCGAAAUCAGACCUUGCCGAAUCCACGAGAGGGACAAAAUCUCUUCUCGCAAUGUCUUGGGAGGCAGUUGAGGAAAGGUGGGAAAAUGAGAGCAAACAAAGUUACGGCCUUGAAAAUAGUGGAAAGAUUAGAAUGAGACAGAUUACAUUUAGCUACGAUAUUCAAACUUGCUAACUUCCCAUCUAAAAAUACAUAUUUGAAACAUACCAAACCUCUUUCUCACCACAAAACAAAAGCCUGGUCAAGUUUGGAGCCUAAAAAUAGGUGGUUGUUACAAACAGGGCUUGGAAGAGAAGGGGCAGACAGUCUAAAAUUGUCUCCAGAUCUUCAUAGAGUGCACAAUGGUGUUUCCAGUAUACUUUGAAGGACACAAGGACAGUGGGGCACAAGUAAGAGCAGAAAGGGAGGAUGAUUGGCAGGAGUGUGCUUCUAAUGAGCACCAGUUGGUACUUGGAGCAUUACACCAGAAUUUGAAAGUGCCAAUCCUCCAUCUUGUCUCCUUCUUUGAAGUAUUGCUUUAUGUCUCCUAGGUGAUUUGCCAGCGCAGAUAAAAUGACUGAGCUUAUCCAACUUGGUAAAAAAGUAUUUCGGCAGAAAAAUCAGAAGACAUUGAAAAAGGUAUAGAAUCCUAGGUAAAACAUUUUUUUUAACAGAUUAGAUUCUGCCAGCUAAGGAGAGAGGCAGACUAUCCCAACGUUAGAAGGCCGCUUUAACUCGUGGGACUAGAUUUGCAAAGUUAGUUUUUAUGUAGGAUAGCCAGAAAUGUUGUUAUAUUCACACCUAAAUAGGAAAAACCAGAGGGAAACAGACGGAAAGGCAGGGCUCAAUGGGGAAUUUGCUUGACAGUGGGGUUGAUCGGAAAACGUUCACUUCUCUGAACGUUCAAUUUGUAACCUGAGAAUGAUCCAAAUGUGUCUAAAAUAUGCAGUAUAUUAUUGACAGAGUUCAAAGGAUUAGUGAUAAUAGUAGAUAAUCUGCAUACAUCGACACUUUGUUCUUCACCAGCUCGGUGGAUUCCAGUGAAUGAUGAUGAUAAUUUUAAGGUCAAGGAAAGUGGUUCUAAGUGCAAAAAGGAGCGGGGACAUAGGACACCCUUGACUAGUCCCUCUGGAGAGGGGGAAGUAUUUUGAAUGUUGAGAGUUGGUGUGUACGCUAGCCAUAGGAGCAGAAUAGAGCAGACGCAUUCAUGAGAUGAAAUUGGACCUAAAUCUUCCCAAAAUCUUACAUAAAUAAUCCUACUCCAUCUAGUCGAAAGCCUUCUAUGCAUCAAGAGAAACAACAAUUUCGGGGUCUGGAGAGAGGAGAGAGAGUAUAAUGUUAAAAACCUGUUUGAUCAUCAGAUAUGACAUCCUGAAGGCAGGGCUCCAACCGGCAUGAUAGAACCUUAACUAAUAGUUUAACAUCAGCAUUCAAAAGUGAAAUGGGCCGAUAUCCACCACAUUCUGCUAGAUCUUUAUCUUUCUUGAGUAUAUGUGAGAUGGAGGCUUGAGUUUGCAUCAGAGGGGAGAGAGCCUUGUGAAAACGAGUCGGUGAACAUAUCUAAUAGUAAUGGGACUAGUUUAUAUGAGUUUUUAAAAAUAAAAAUCGACUUUAGAACCUUUUAACUCAUUUUUAUUUAAAUAGGCAAGUCAGUUAAGAACAAAUUCUUAUUUUCAAUGACGGCCUAGGAACAGUGGGUUAACUGCCUUGUUCAGGGGCAGAACGACAGAUUUGUACCUUGUCAGCUCAGGGAUUUGAUUGUGCAACCUUUCGGUUGCUAGGCCAGCACUUUAUUCAUGUUCAUAUCAAUGGAUGGAAUAUCCAAGAUAUCUAAAAAGUUGUCCAUAGCCGUAUUAUCUGAUGGGGGUUCGGAUUUGUUGAGGUUAGAAAAAUGACACAAGUUGAAGUAAUGUUAGAGGGAUCAAUUGUAAUAUUACGGGAAGAGUCAUAUACCUAUGAGAUGAGAUGCUGACUGGCGUUUUAAGUUGGUGUGCCAAAAGGCGGCUGGCCUUGUCACCAUAUUCGUUGUACGUCCCCUUUGUUCAUUGCAACAGAAACUCUGCUUUAUCAGUGGAAAGCAGAUUAAGUUGAGUUUGAAGUUUCAGCCUCUGUGUAUAAUUCAGGGGAUGGAGAAGGUGAAUAUUGGCGAUCUAUUGCCAGGAUUGAGUCCACCAGUUCUUGACGUUUCAGUUUUCUUUGUUUGAAAUCAUGAGCAUUGUAAGAAAUUCUUUCCCUAUAAUACCGUUUUGAAAGUCUCCCAAAGAAGAGAGGGGGAGGUGUUGUCAUUUUUAUUUGUUUGAAUGAAUACAUCUAUGUUGGUUGAAAUAAAGUCAUCAUUUUUGUUGGACAAUAGGGCUGUGUUAAAUCUCCAAUUAAACAGUUUUUUUUGCGUUCGGAGUAUGAGCUAAAUCCAGAAUUUGGGGGAAUGGUCCAAAAUUACUAGAACAGAAUAUUCUGUAAUUUUAAUUGAGGGGAGAAGGGCUCUAACUAUAAAAAAAAGUAGUCUAUUCGCGAGUAGGCUUGAUGAACAUGAGAAAAGUAGAAGUCUUUUGUGACCGGGUGGAGGAAGCGCCAUGGAUCAACACAACCCAUUUGGGUCAUGAAUGUAGAAAGAGCUUUUGCCAUCCCGGAAGGAGUAAGUGUUCUGGGAUUAGACUGGUCUAGUCUUGGUUCAGUAACAGAGUUAAGGUCACUGCCGAAGAUGAGGCGGUGGGUGUCAAGAUUAGGGAGAGAGGCUAAAUGAGGUGUCAUAAAUCUAGUGUCAUCCCAGUUAGGGGUGUAAACAUUGGCAAGUACUACAGGGGUUUGGAAGAGGGUGCUACUAACUAUGGUAUAACAUCCUCCAGAAUCUGAAAUGAUCUGUGAGGGUGAAAUCACUAUUGCUAUUACCCUGGCUUUGCCGUUCAAAUUAGAAUUAAAAACCUGUCCAACCCAUGCUUUAUGCAAUCUAGUAUGGUCGUUAAUAUGUAGGUGCGUUUCUUGAAGAAAUGCGAUAUCAUUAUUCAGGCUCUUCAGAUGUGAAAAUGCUCAGAAGCACUUAACUUUCCCCCCACAACUGCAAAUGUUCCAUGUCACCAGUCUGACUGGAAGCCCCAAAAUACCAUCCUGACUUGUUGUUGAACUAGACAUGAAUCCUUAAAAGAGAGAUUGAGAGAGGAGCAGCAUGAAAAAACAAAUCUGAAAAAAAAAAUCCUCUAGAGAAGCAGAGCACAAUAAUCUUUGCCCCACUACCCCCAACAUACACAAAAAUAAAAUACAAGUGAUGGUAUAAAACCAUUUAAAGAAAAAUGAAAAAAAAUUCUAAUCCUAAUCUCGUCAUUAUGAACAAGACGAGCAGCAGGAAUUCUCUUACUCAGCGUUCGUUGAUUAUCCUAAACGUGAUGUGAGGUCAAACCGACCUAGGAAAGAAGUUACAUACAACCUUGAAAUUAAAAAAUGUAAUAUGGCAGUAGGCAAGUACACAAUUUGGGUUUCGGUCACACUUUAAACAAAGUGUAUAACCUUAAGCGUCCGUUAUUGAAAGAUGUUAACAGCAAUCGGUGGCAUUUCACUGACCAUAAUAUGAAUGUAGUCCACUGGGUGUUGCCACAGGUCUGAGUUAUGAGAAACAUUUGAAAUUAACUAGUAGACUAUGAAAAAGGGUCAGCCCCUGUAUUGGUAAAUUGUUACAAACGUCCUUAGGGGGAAACAAUUAAAUGAUGGUAUACAGACAACUAGCAUUUUGGAUAUGUACAAUUAAGCAAACGAACCAUGGGUCUAAACUCUUCAGCUAGUGCAACAAUUAAACGAGUAAAAUUGGAAGAGAAGAGUCAUCGUUGAGUCCAAGAUAAAGUGAAUGUAACUGAGAACCAUCAGUGACCAACAACACCAAUUAAGGCCAACGUAAACCACAGUAGUAUAGAAUGUCCACAAAAAAGGGUAUACGUCAAGCAGACCCCCAAUGAAAUGUAUAUAUAUAUAUACAUACAUACACACAUACAUACGUACAAAUAUUGGUAGACAGGAUGGGUGUCUAACCAGCGAGUAACAUUAGUAUCCGAAAUGACCUAAAGGCUGCCAAACUGCAAUGCAGGCUAUAGAUUGCCAUAAGUGGAGCAGCAAGUUCAAGCCUUAGUAAAAAGAAGGAAAUCAAAACGAUGCGCUUUUAACAGCGAUUGUCUUUGAUUUAAGAAACUAAACAAGAUGAAAUGAAAGUUUACAAAGAGCCAAACAUACCUACUGCACCAUCAAGCUUUAGCAUAGAAUUGUUUCACGAGAAACAGAUCAAUAGAUGGCCAUAGAUGAAUGUAGCCUAGUGUCACUAGAACUAACGUUACUCACAUAAUACAGGCAGGUGAGAAAUCAUCCCAAUCCAGGCAUUCAAAAUAUGCACUGUCGGUAGAAGAACUCAGCUUCUUCAUGAGUUUCGGAAAAAAUUGACUUUGUCGUUAAAGGUGACACGGAGACGGGCAGGAUAAAUCAGCCCAAAGCUGAUUCCUGUCUUGUACAGAGUGGACUUGGUAUCGUUGAAUGUGACCCGUUUCUUCGCCAGGCUAGAACUGAAAUCCUGGUAGAACUUGAUCUUGUGGCCGUGGAAAGUGAUGUCGCCAUGUUCCCUUGCCCACUUAAGGACGAGGUCCUUUGUAGCGAUAGAUCCGCAACCUGACACGCCCCCCUCAGGGAGAGAGACAGCUGCAUGUGAGCUUUCACAUUUUUCAACAUGUUUUUUACAAAAGGGUAGAUAAACUUUCUGCGGGUACAUAUGCAGGAUGCUACCCUCCACAGCAUGGCCUUCGCUUCAGAUCAAAACCUACAACCUAAUUUUGACCAAAAUUAACUGGAGAGAUUACUGCUUUCAAGGUUUUCUUUUUCCAAGCUAUAUGGAGGGUACUCUAGCAAACAAACAGCAGAGAUCUGAGGACACCAUCCAACCUGGAACUGAGUGGGUAGUGUUUGGUCUGAUGCUAUUUUGAAAACCAAGAAGAAAAAUGUAAAAUAAAGUACAUUACAAUGAUAUAUUUUAUUUAUGGGGACUGAAGUUAAGGCUCCCAGGCUUGCAAGGACAGACCAGAUACAAAUUCAAUUAGCACUAAGGUGUGAGAUUAAAGGUGUCGAGGCCUUUGGGCCCAACAAGUGGCCGGAGUCUUUGAAGCAUCCUCUGAAGCCCGCUCCUGCUGUCCAAAGAGCAUUCACUGGCAUUUUCUACAAGAAAUCUGCCUCCAGAAAUAAAAGUUUUUUCCCAAGUGGGUGUGACACCUACUACCGUUGCCUGCUGCACUGCUGAUUGGAUUCCACCUGGCGAUCUGUUCACCGUCUGCCCUGGUCUGUGUCCCCCUGUCUGGUACAGAGGGAAGAAAGAUCUCAAAGACCAGACUACCUGCUGAACUUUGCCAACAAGACAAACACGUUGGACCAUGUUGACCAUCCUGGCUGCCGGGUCUGUCUUCUUCCCAGGCCUGUUCGUGCUCUCCAAACAAUGCCUCAAGCACAUCCCUGCACUGAGGUGGAGCGAAGGGGAUGCGGUCAUAGUGUCAGCCAGGUUGGUGUCCUCUGUUCAGGCAAUCAUGGCCUCCUCUGCUGGUUACAUCAUUGCCUCCUCCUGUGAUGACAUCAUUGAGGAUCAGCAUUGGCUCACCAGCGCCUACAUCCUCUUUGCCGUGCCCUACUUUGUGUACGACAUCUACGCCAUGUUCAUGUGCUACUGGUACAAGCUGCGCAUCAAGGGCCAUGAAGGGGACAGCGGCGCCAAACCCCUGGGUGCGGCCCUGACCAGCUACCUGCGGCGCGAAUUCCUCAUGGUACUCCACCACAUCGUCAUGGUCACCGUGUGCUUCCCCGUCUCUGUGUUCUGGCGACAGGGCAAGGGGGAUUACUUCCAAGGCGUCAUGUUCUUGGCAGAAGUCAGCACUCCGUGGGUCUGUUUGGGAAAAAUCCUCAUCCAGUACAAACAGCAACACACUCUCCUGCACAAAGUGAAUGGGGCUACUAUGCUGGUCACUUUUUUCACCUGUCGAGUCCUCCUCUUCCCUUUCCUCUACUACGCGUAUGGCAGGUACGCGUCCAUUCCCCUCCACAUGGUUCCUUUCAACGUGCCCUGGCAAGUUAACCUGGGCGCAGCUAUGCUCAUGGCCCCCCAGGUCUACUGGUUCUCCCUCAUUUGCCGAGGGGCCCUGCGACUCUUCACUGGCUCUUCCCGCUCCCGGAGGCCCCCGGUCACUGCCAAGGAUGACUUGGACGGACAGGCGCCGUCCCAGCCCGCCAAUGGGUACAGCACUCAUGCCACAGAACAAAAGUCAGACUCUCACUGAGAAGUGGGCGGGAGGGUGAGAGGUAAGGAAGGUGGGGAUAAUGUACCGGUGGGUGAAGUUGAAAGGGAAAGAAAGGUAGUGAGACUUUGAACAAGCGUAAAAAAAAGAAAUGCUUCAAAUGGUACUGUCUUUGUUGCCAGAAUCUAUACUCAAUACCGAUAUUCUGCUUGUGCGAAUAAAGGAAUUGAAGGGAGCGUUUGCACAUUUGAACAGCACACAACAUAUGCAUCAGAAGCUAUUGUUCCCCCUGAUGCACGUUGAGAAUGGAGAGAGAUUAGCCUGAAAGAAGUAUAGCAAGUGAGAGGUGGACAGCGUCCUCGUGUAGAUCAAAUGAAAUCCUGUCUGCCUAGGAGGUAAGUUAGCACAGGAGUUAGGAAUGUAUUAUACUGGUAUGUUUAGUACAUUGCUUUAGAUAGGCCUAAUUCGGCUUAGUAACAAGAAACGACCUCGCCAAGCAGUAUUUUGACUUGUUAGUAUUUAUCUGUAUCCUUUGUACUCUUAACAAAUGUGACUAGGGUGGAAGGGAGGUAACCUAAUAAGACUAUUAUGCUGCCUUAUCUCAAUUGUUUGUGUGUGUACUACAUUUUAUUUAUUUUAAUGUGUAAUAUUUAUUUUUUCCUUGGAUUGAAAAUGUGACAAGUGUUCUUACCUUCACGUUGAUUUGGAUUGUAGUUCUGUUUCUGAUCUCCCAUUCUGUGUUUUUAUUUUUCAUCCAUUUUGAUCUCCAGUAGUUCAGGUAGCAAAUGCAUUAAUAAUUUCGCCUGUUGGCAGUUAAACUCUGCCGCCUUACAACAGUGUUAUUUUAUUCAGUGUAGAGAAUGUAAUUUUGAGGAACAAAAUUAAUGGCCAAUUUUGUGGGCCUUUGGGUUUCUAUGCCCUACUUGGGUCCUUAACUUUUGACAGAGUGGUAAUUGAAGCAUAUUAGGUAAAUGAGUUAGUGCCAGUGCAACAACAAAAAAGCAGCCCUAUUUAUUCCACAUACUGUCAUUCAUUGGCUGACGUUACACAAGUAUUCUGCCCAAGAAUAUUUAAUAAAAAAUCUAAAACGUG